AUGGUCGAAGUUCUGCAAGAUGCUAAUACCGGCCCAGAAUGUGGUGCAAAGAACAUAGCAGAUGUCAUGUUUCUUGUUGAUCCAGCGGAGAUAGGCGCAUUUCAUACAAAGCAGAUAUAUGACUUCAUUGGAAAUGUUGUAAAUGAUUUCAAUAUGGGAGAAGACAAUAUCAAUGUUGGUCUAGAAUCGCAAAACUGUGGGGCUGCCAAUAUUGCCUUAGGCCAAUAUAAGAAUAGCCGAGAGUUAGCUAAGGCAUUUAGAGCCACAAAAUUGUCUGGAUUAUCCAAUAUGCUUAAACGUCUGCGCACGCAUUCGUUUAAAGAAAAAUAUGGGGCAAGAAACAUGGCAAGAAAUAUGGCUGUCGUAUUUGUAGAUGAUAGAUUAUUUGAUAGAAAAACAGUUUUAGAUGAAGCCAGGAGAACAAAAAAUUAUGAUGUUGAAUUAUUUGUUGUUGCAAUUGGCGAUAGCAUUGUAGACGAUGAGUUGAAAGCAUUGUGUAGCAGUCCUGUAGAGAGACAUAUCAUCAGAGUACCAUCAUAUGAAGCCCUUAUGGGAUCAAAACCAGAAUUCAUGAAGAAAUUCUGCCAUGGUCUUUGA